AUGGGAAAUCCUCGUAAGCUGUUCCAUCUCAUCUGGGGCACCGGUAGGAAAACUUUGGAUGUGAACGAAACGAUCUAUGAAGCUAACGGUUUGCUUAUUCACAAUCAACAGCGACGUCUUGAACGCUGGGUGGAGAACUUCAAAACACAGUUUAGCUGGCCACAAGCGUCAGCUUCUCACAGCUAUUCCGGCGCACGUCCCAUGGUCUGUAUAGUGGUGAGUAUCUCCGCCUGUCACGUGGAAGGCCCGGGUUCGAUUCCCGGCUGA